UUUCUUGUUUUUGUAAUCAGUUUUUGUUGGAAAAGUUCUCUUUUCUCUUGAGGGAAAAAAAUGAAAAAGUUAUUUUCUUGAAAUAGGAUCAGGAAUAAUACUUGUUUUUGUGACUUUUUUGGGUUUUUUUUUCCCUCAUUUAUUUGAGUUUUGUGAAAAUGGGCUAUGUUUUCUUGAAUUUUGAGUUAUCUAAAUUGGGUUCUACUUAAAAUGUUUAGUUUUUUCGUAACAUAGGUUCCUUUUUAAUGAAUUAUGAUUUUUAUUGAACUGGGUUUUGCUUAAAGGGGUUAACUUAUUCUUAUUGUUUUUGUAGUUUUAGUGAAAUGGGAUUUUGUUUCAGUUAAUUUUUUGCUCUGUUUUUGAGUUAUCUGAAAUGGGUUUUGUUGUUUUUCACAGUUUUAAGCUCAAAGUUGAAGUCUUGAAUUAAAGGAGCCACAGCUAUACGAGGGGGGUCUUAAAGAUUGAUUACAAGGCUAUAAUUGAGAGUUAUGAUUGGUGAAAUUAUAUAAGCAUUUUCACCUUUCCUUAAUCCGCCAUUUACUCUUGUACGUGCAUUGUUUUUAAGUUUGGUGCAAACAUUACUUGGGUGAAUACAAAGAAUUUGAAGAGAAGAAGUGUUGUUUGAGUUUGUUAUUAUAUUGUUAAGUAGUUGACCAUUUGGAGGUUCAAUGGUACAGUGGCCUCAAUCAUCGGCAGGACGGUGAAACUUGUUGGGAUUAUUCUGAUGCCUUAAGAGGAACUUAAGGUACAAAAACAAUUCCUUUAAUACAACACACCAAAAGGUUCUUGAUCUUUUGUUUAGUGAGUUUAGUGUGUGAACAAUGAAGCUUCUAGCUUGAAACAAAACUAGUUGCCACUCUGGUUUUUGUAUAGUGUUUGAUGAUUGGUACCUUGUAUGGAGACAUGGUGUGCUAAUUUUUUAAUACCCACAUCUUAAGUGGAAUUUGCAUAUCUAGGUUACAUUUUAAGUUUUUUUAAUUAUAUAGCGAGUGAAACUCGGUCCUAAAACUCGGGUAUUAGCCUGAGGUAUUUAAAGAGUAAGUGGUGAGAGGCUAAUUGGGAGUUUGAUGUGGAAUUCUGAUAUUGAAAACAAUGCAAGAAAUCCAGAGUUUAAAUGAAGUAGAAGAAGUUUUCUUUGAUUCUGUUGAGUCACUGUUGGUAGAAGAACAUGCUUUUGUAGAAAAGCAGUCGGGGUAUGAUUUAUGGUUGGAGGAGCCAGAAAGCGUGAAGAAACGACGAGAGAACUUUUUGCACGAAAUGGGGUUUGUUGAAUUUGACUGCCUACCUACUGCAGUCUCUGAAUCUGAUUCAAUGGGACUGAAUAGGAUUACCGAAAGUAGUGGUGCAGUCUGUGGUUCUGCUUCAGCGGAAGAUUUUAUGUGUAAUGAAAGGGAAUCCAGUGGUAGUGCAAAUUCGUCUGCCGAUGAAUUAGAUCAGACUUGGUUUCAUGAUGUUGUUGAAGUUUCAAGUAGUGGUUGCACUGAGCAUUCUCCUGAGGGAGAACAUACUUGUUUUGAUGCCACUUCCGACCCCACUCACGGUGGGGAUAGUAAGUUGAAAAACCAGAAAAUGAAGAAGAAGUGGUGGAAACAAUUUAGCCAAAAGAUGAGGAAAAGUCAAUCAACUGAUGUAUCUAAGGUAUUCACCGAAAAGCAGAAGGUAACUCCAAUGGAAGUGCAUCUGAACAGGAAAAAGUUUAAGGAGUUCAGCGCUGUUUACUGUGGACAAGAAAUUAAUGCUCACAGUGGCCUAAUUUGGACAAUGAAGUUUAGUCCAGAUGGGAAAUAUUUGGCAAGUGGUGGUGAAGAUGGGGUUGUUCGAAUUUGGCUGGUCACUGUCGAUUCAUCAUGUGAAUCACCUGAGUUCAAUUUCAGCAGUCACCGCAUCAAAGGCAAGCUUGGGCAUAAAAAGAAUAAGUCUUGUUACGCUCCUGUUAUUGUUCCUGAGAAGGUAUUCAAGAUUGACGAGUCACCGCUGCAUGAGUUUCAUGGCCACACUGCUGGCAUAUUGGACCUUGCUUGGUCCUCGUCUAACUGUCUUCUAUCAUCAUCCAAAGAUAAAACUGUUCGUCUAUGGGAAGUUGGUUCGGAUGGAUGUCAUGGAGUAUUUCAUCACAAAAACUACGUGACAUGCAUCCAAUUCAAUCCUGUUAACGAGAACAUCUUCAUCAGUGGCUCCAUAGAUGGAAAAGUUCGUAUUUGGGGAGUUCCACAAAAGCGAGUUGUGGAAUGGGCCGAUGUGCAUGACAUUGCGACUGCUAUAGCGUAUCAACCAAAUGGCAAGGGCUUUAUAGUUGGAUGUAUCUCUGGUACUUGCCGCUUCUAUGAAGUAAACGAUGAAAGUGUACUUUCCCUGAACACACAAAUACAUCUUCAUAGUAAGAAGAAAUCCUCUGGCAGCAGAAUUACAGGCAUUCAGUUUUUCGAAAAUGACUCUCAAAGAGUUAUGAUUACAUCCGAGGAUUCCAAAAUCCGUAUUCUUGAUGGGGUCGCGGUUGUACAUAAAUAUAAAGGUCUAUCAAAAUCAGGAAGCCACACAUCUGCCACGUUUACCUCAACCGGGAAACACAUAGUAUCAGUUGGAGAGGACUCGCACGUAUAUCUUUGGGGCUAUAAUGACAUAAGCAUCCAAGCGUCCAAACAAACCAAAUCUGUACGGUCGUGUGAGCAUUUCCACUCCAAAGGCGUUUCUGUUGCAAUACCAUGGUCAGGGCAGGCACCAACAGCAGAUGGUAGUUCCAAUUUUGAUUCUCUGUUAAGUGAACGUCAAGAGGUUUCUUCUACGACAAGGGAUUCAAGCCGAUUUUCUGUAGGAAAUUGGUUUACUAUGGAUGUAUCAUCUAGGGGUUCUGUAACAUGGCCAGAGGAAAUGCUUCUUCCAUACAAUGUACCCAGUGCUGAAAAUGAUGAACACCAUUCAACUUAUCACGAUGAUCAUGUUUAUCGACAGCAACAGCACAACAAAAGCCGUAACUACAGAGCAUUAUCCCCAGCAUUGGGCCUUGUCGUCGUGACAGCUGGUUGGGAUGGAAAGAUUCGGACAUUUCACAACUAUGGAUUGCCAGUAAGAGUUUAAGAGAUUCAUAAGCUCAAGGAUAUUUUGGUUAUUGAGGCGUAGUUAUUGUUGUCGCGAGUUCAAGCAUUUUCCACAACUCGGGCAUGUUCAGAUUGAGCUUUGUUGCUCUGAUCUUUAAAAAUGGCGCCACACCCAUGUCGGAUCCUCAAAAAUGCAAAAUAUUUGGAGGAUCCGGUACGGGUGUGGUAGCACUUUUGGAGAGCCCGUCGUAGUUAGAAACUGCGAUGGGAUGGAAAUGAAUUUGAUGAAUCUUUACAAGAGUACUAUUUGUUUCCUUGUGAAGUUGUAUAGUUGAUUAUUCUUUUUUUCCCCUGUAAUAUUCUCUCUGUUCUUUAGCUAGGACACAGUACUCUGAUUAAAUUCUGGACAGAUCAUAUUGUAAUUUGUAUUUGACAGCAUAAAGAUAGAAUUUUUUUUUUUUUUAAUGAAGAUGAUUACGAAAAGAUUUUGUUUU